CUCUGAGAAACCAAACGUGCAAGAAAGCUGGUUUGAGGAGAGCAGCCCCAGGAGCUUCGCCUGGGACACAGGGUCGGUCCUGAGACACGCCACCCCCUGGACUCAACGUCCGGCAAGUUCAGGGAGCUCAACCACGGACAACCCAAAGACUUCUUGGCAAGCCCAGCAGAAGCCCAGGGACCCGCCCCAUGGAUAUAUGCCUGCAGAUAAGGGCACCCAAUGGCUCCAUCGAUGGCUUGAAUUUCAACCCCAUGAAGGAGUACAUGAUCCUGAGCGGUCCCCAAAAGAUCGCUAUCGCAGUGCUGUGCACCCUCCUGGGCCUGCUGAGUGCCCUGGAGAACCUGGUUGUUCUCUACCUCAUCGCGUCCUCACACCGGCUCCGCAAGAAGCCCUCCUACCUGUUCAUUGGCAGCUUGGCUGGGGCCGAUUUUCUGGCCAGUGUGGUCUUUGCCUCCAGCUUUAUACAUUUCCAUGUCUUCGAUGGCGUGGAUUCCAAAGCUGUCUUCCUGCUGAAGAUCGGCAGCGUGACUCUGACCUUCACGGCCUCCCUAGGCAGCCUGCUGCUGACUGCCAUCGACCGCUACCUCUGUCUGCGCUACCCGCCUACCUACAAAGCUCUACUCACCCGUAGGAGGGCACUGGUGACCCUGGGCAUCAUGUGGGUGCUCGCCACACUGGUGUCCUACCUGCCCCUCAUGGGAUGGACCUGCUGUCCCAGGCCCUGCUCUGAGCUUUUCCCCCUGAUCCCCAAUGACUAUCUGCUGAGCUGGCUCCUGUUCAUUGCCGUCCUCUUGUCGGGCAUCAUCUACACCUACACGCAUGUCCUGUGGAAGGCCCAUCAGCACGUAGCCAGCUUGGCUGAGCACCGGGACAGACACCUGUCUGGAACAGCCCGGAUGAGGUUGGAUGUGCGGUUGGCCAAGACCCUGGGGAUGCUCCUGGCUGUGCUGUUCAUAUUCUGGUUCCCGGUACUGGCCCUCAUGGUCUACAGCCUGGCUGCCAAGCUAAGCGAACAGGUCAAGAAGGUGUUUGCCUUCUGCUGCUUGCUCUGCCUUGUCAACUCCAUGGUCAACCCCAUUAUCUAUGCCCUGCGGAGUGGGGAGAUCCGGUCCUCUGCCCACCACCGUCUGGCCCACUGGAAGAAGUGCGUGAGGGGCCUCGGGCCAGAAGGAAAAGGAGAGAUCCCCAGGUCCUCAGUCACUGAGACAGAGGCUGAUGUGAAAACCACCCCGGGGCUAGAUUCCAGAGAGCUGUCCUGGCCUGAUGAGCUCUGAUCACUGAUGUGAUCACUUUCACAGUGUGAAAUAAGCCAAGUCAGAAGUCAUUUCACUCCCCGGAGGAGGAAGAGUGGCCUUGAUCCUCUCAUCUGACUUGAACCAGCCCUAGAGGCCUGGACGCUGAAGUGUUGGUACUGACCUCUGGAAGGCAGCCUGGUCAUGCCUGUCUGCAUGACCUGAUCACAGUCUGUUGGGCAGCCAGGCCCUGUGAGGGAUGCAAGGUGGGCAGGGGGCAGGAGACAGGAGGCCUGGGACAGGCUCAGGGCAGGUCAGAACCACCUUCCCAAUAAGACAGCUUCGUACCUGAAUUCUCCAGAGACCCCAGCAGCCAGGUGGAGCUUUUAUGCUCAGCAAUGAGGGGCCUGGAGGAGAUCUAGGAAGAAUGGAUCAUUCUCCUGGGAUCUCAGGAUAUCAGAUGGGAUAGCUGGCCAGCCCUUCUUCCUGCUUAAUUGUUAGGGGCCUCCUUGGUUUUAGAGCUAUACCUGAAGGUCACCCUUCCCACAGAGGGCCAAGAAUUAAAAUGUGAUGAGGAUCAAGGAUGUCUAUUCACCUCUUGCAGAGGUAACUGACAAGCCUCCAGUUCAGAGCAUGUUAUUAUUGGGGCAGUGGCCCUCUCUGAUACCCUGAUAAUCCCCACUCACAAUUAGUGUCUCCUAGGGACCUGGGGAAUACAGAGGAGGCUGGGAUUGCUUGAGAUGCAGAAUCUUCAGAGAAUUCUGUUGGUCUUGCUAAGUCCUUUUUGGUGGUACCGCUGGAAGCAGGCAGUGUGCCAAUCUAAUCCAACUCCAAGAAAAAGGAAGAUAUUCACAAAGAUUUUAUAACUCCCCAAAUUGUCCCCAGCCAUCCCUCAACUCAGCCCCUUUGUCUCCUCUACCACCCGAACCCUGGAAUAAAUGAUAAACAGAGCAAGCGCGAGGAGGGGGAAACUCCCUUACUAUGUGCCAGGCAUAGGGCUGAUGUCCUACAGUCCAUUAGCUCCAGCAAGGAUUCAGCCCCAUGCUUUUGAAGAUCCCAGGAUACCCAUGUUUUACAUUAUUAGGGAGGCUGGAUUCCUACCAAAGGGGCUUAAAGCAGUAGGCGGGAAAAAUUGUUGAUGGUAAGGAGGAUGCAUAAGAAUUCUGAUGCAAUUAUUUGGGGCUAUAGAUGGAAUAAAAGGAAAUGUAAUGAUUGAAUGUGUCUUCAUUUAAUAUUU